GGAUUUUAAAUCUUUAUUUAGAGUCUAAGCUUAGAAAAGGUAGGCAUUUUGUAUUUGUAUUGUAGCGAUAGGAAUUUAAAUAAGGGAAAUCUAACCGGUCUUUACUGCUUGACCUUCAUGUGAGAGAAAGAGAGUCUCCUGUUUCCAUUUUUGAGCAAAGAGAGAAGAAGUGGUUUAUAAUGGAAUUCAAUACGCCCUUCCUCUCGGGCGUAGAAUUUGGAAUUUCAUUUCUUUCUAUACCUGACCCUCCCCCCACUUCUUUUUUUUCAUUUUUCUACUAAUUUCUUUCUUGAUGUCGACUGCCUUUCUCUGGAACUUUGUGAGAGAGAGAAAAAGACCCAUUUCUCUCUCUCUCUAGUUUAUACCUGUCCUAUCAUCCACAUCAAUUUAUAAAUGUCUCAGGGUUCAACUUUCUUUCUUAAACUCCCUAUACUUUUCUCCCUUCCUCUCUUCCUCCCUUCAUAUUAGCCAAGCAGUAGAAACAACUAUGGAGGAUUUGGGCUGUUUAUGGAGAUUUCAGGAGAACGUGGAGGAUUUGAAGCAGAAACUCCUACAGACGACUUUUGAACUCGAGUCUCUAAAAAUGGAAGCAAAUGAAGAAAGUGUUAAGAACAAAGAGAAAGUGAAGAGCUUACUUCUUCUACUGCAGGCAGCAUAUGAAGAAAGAGAUGAAGCAAGAGAUCAACUGCAGAAACUGAUGAACAAAAUUAUGCCAACUACUGCAACUGAAUUACCCGCUCUGCGUCAUUUCCAACCUGAAAGCCCUCUCAACAUACCUACAAAAGCAAAUUCAAGCAUCACAGAAUCAAAUAGUCUCUAUGAAACUUAUAAUCAUCAUUCAUAUGGUUCUUCACCAGCAGAUUCGUUCUUUGAUGGUGUUUCAUCACCAGAUUUCUCCACUGCAAACAUGGCCGAUUCAAGCAAAAUAAGUUUUGUAAAUCAGCCCUUUGUCCCAGAGUAUAACAAUGCCCCUCAACCUCCUCUGGCAACAGGACUUGACACUCCAAAAACAGAAAAGCCUGAUCCAUUCUCUGCAGUGAUUGAUAAUCUUGCUAAGGGAAGAGCAUUACCUCAGAAAGGGAAGCUCCUGCAAGCUGUUACAGAAGCCGGUCCUUUGCUUCAGACACUUCUCGUUGCUGGGCCUCUUCCACAAUGGCGUAAUCCUCCGCCAUUGCAAGCUUUCAAGAUUCCCCCUCUUCUAGUGAAUGGCUGCAACACUAAAAAUAUCGAUCAAAACCCUUCUUCAAAAGCCAGCAGCUCUUCCCAAAAGCCACUCCAUUCUCUUUUACACGCUGAAAUGUUAUCCCGUGGGUCUUCUCAAAUUUGUUCAGCUUCCUCUAUGUUGAGUUUCACAAAUGGUCCUUCUGGUUCUUGCUUCAACAGCGCCUUGAUGAUGGCUCCAAAUGUUAACCACCCGCAGAUUCUAGGAGCCAAGAGACAGAAAAUUCAGUGACCGCCAUUGUACAAAUUCAAGAUUGAUCUGGAGUUGGCAGUGUAAAAAAUGACUUGAUAGUAGUUUUAUUGAGGAGAUUUGAAGUUUUAAUUACAUCAAAAAUUAACUU